AUGGCUGAUCUCCCCUACAGAAGGCUGCUGCAUCAAAUGCUGGAGAGCACAGACAGUCAUGUUUCGAAUUCAUCCACAACCAACACCCCACGCGGUAAGGAUCGACCCAGGAAACGUCCUCAUCCCAUCGCAGGACAAUUCACUUUCGUUCCUCCCAUCGUGGUUUAUUCAACUCCUCCGGAAGCUCUAGAGCCCAACGCCGUCGAACCGCUUUCAAGCUCCAAGAAGCGCAAGAUCAGCCAUUGCAACGCGUCGAAGGGCUCUCCUGCAUCCCCAGCUCCUUUCCGGUGCUUUAUUCCUCCAGUAUCGCCGGGCUCCCCAGAUCUGGAAGCCGAGCGUCAAAGACGCAUUGAUUAUCCCUUAGAUCCACAAACACCAUCCACUGCCUCAAACAACACCCCUGCGAUCACCUGCACUUCUUCUCCAUCCAUCAGUUUAGACCCGACGCCCCAAGACCCUAGCAAUCUCAUCUCUGCGCAUUUACCGGGCCCAAUCGGGCGUUUCAAGCAUCUUUCCAAAGAGGAGAAGAUGCAAGUUCUGAGCAGUUUAUGUGUCAUCGGCGGGAUCAACCCUCUUGAUAUCCCGCCACCUCCGGUAUCCGAGAAGGUUCCCUCUACCUCCACCUAUCCCACCGGACUGCUCCAGGAGAAAAGUGAACUACUUUUCGUGGUUAUACGCGCGGAUAUCAGCGGGGAAGUACCAUCGCCAGAGAUUUCAGAAGAUAUGCGCCCAGCUCAAGUUAUCAGAGAUGUGACUGACAGACUCAUUUACAUGGCGGGAGCGGAACAGCCAGAGAAGAGAAUCCAGGAAGACUUCCAGCGCAUACUUGCGGUCAGAGAAGAGAUGGACCGCAUAUUCUAUGAGGAAUUUCAGUCCAAUGUCGGUGAACCGCACUAA